GAAAAAGACAGAGAUCAGAGUCUCCUGAACCCAGAGGUGUGUCUGUAAAGAGCAGCAGAUCGAUGACCCCACCUUCAAACUUCAGUGAUGAACCAAUGACAUUUGACUUGGUGCUGAGUGAAAUACUGGACAAACCAGAGAAUGAUGAACUACAAAGAAUUAAAGACCAACACAAAACCCACAUGAAGAACAAAUUUAAGAGAUUAUUUGAAGGAAUUAAAGUAAAAGAGACAGAAACCCUCCUGAGUGGGGUCUACACCCAGCUGUACAUCAUAGAAGGAGAGAGUGAAGGAGUGAAUGAAGAACAUGAGGUUUUACAGAUGGAGAAAACAGCCAGAACAAAACACUCACAACACACUCCAAUCUACUGCAAUGACAUCUUUAAAGAGGAGAAAGAGCAAAUCAAGACUGUUCUUACUAAAGGCAUCGCUGGAAUCGGAAAAACCGUCUCUGUGCAGAAGUUCAUUCUGGACUGGGCCGAGGGAAAAGCCAAUCAGGAUGUAGAUUUCAUGUUUGUGCUUCCAUUUCGAGAGCUGAACUUGAUCAGAGAUCAUCAGUACAGUCUUCACAGACUUCUGCUGGACUUUCAUCCUGAACUUGAAGAUCUGGAGCCCAAGAUUUAUGAGGAGUGUAAAGUUGUGUUCAUCUUUGAUGGUCUGGAUGAAAGCAGAAUCACACUGAUGUUUUCAGACGCUCAGAAAGUUUGUGAUGUGACUGAGACUUCAUCAGUGGCUGUGUUGAUGUCAAAGCUGAUGAAAGGAGAGCUGCUUCCCUCUGCUCUCAUCUGGAUCACCUCCAGACCAGCAGCAGCCAAUCAGAUCCCCUCCAAAUACAUCAAGCGUCUGACAGAAAUUCAGGGAUUCACUGAGCCUCAGAAGGAGGAAUAUUUCAGGAAGAGAAUCAGUGAGCAGCAUCAAGCCAGCAGAAUCAUCUCACACAUCAGAAGAGCAAGAAGCCUCCACAUCAUGUGCCACAUACCCGUCUUCUGCUGGAUCUCAUCCACUGUGCUUCAGAAGCUCCUGGAAGAAGAUCUGAGUGCAGAAAUCCCUCAAACUCUGACUGAAAUGUACAUCCACUUCCUGCUGAUUCAGAUCAACAUGAGGAAUCAGAAGUAUGAAGAGAGAGAUCCAGAGAAACUCCUGCAGUCCAACAGAGAAGUGAUUGUCAAACUUGCUGAAGUGGCUUUCAAACAGCUGAUGAAGGGCAAUGUGAUGUUCUAUGAGGAGGACCUGAUUGAGAGCGGCGUAGAUGUCUCUGAAGCCUCAGUGUAUUCUGGGAUUUGCACUGAGAUCUUUAAGGAGGAAUCUGUGAUUCAUCAGAGGAAAGUCUACAGCUUCAUCCAUCUGAGUGUUCAGGAGUUUCUCGCUGCUUUCUAUGUGUUUUACCAUUAUGUAAUGAAAAAUGUUGACACAAUGGUUUUUUUUGAUGUUAUACAUAAUCUCCAUAAAGAAAUGAUAGAAAAAGCAUGUGAGAGUAAGAGUGGUCAUCUGGAUCUGUUCCUGCGGUUCCUGCUGGGCGUCUCACUGGAGUCCAAUCAGAGACUCUUACAGGAUCUACUGACACACACAGAGAAGAGCUCAGAGAGCAUCAGGAAAACAAUUACUUAUGUUAUAGACAAAAUUAAAAACAUAAGAAGUGCUCCAUACAGUCUCUCCACUGAAAGAUCCAUCAAUCUGUUCCUCUGUCUGUUGGAAAUGAAAGAUCAGACUCUGUCCAGAGAGAUUCAGGAAUUUUUAAAAAUGAGUAAAAUAUCAAAAACUGAUAUGUCUCCUGCUCACUGCUCAACAAUCGCCUACAUGCUUCAGAUGUCAGAGGAGGUGCUGGAUGAGCUGGAGCUCCAGAAAUACAACACAUCAGAUGAGGGCAGAAGAAGACUGAUACCAGCCGUCAGCAACUGCACAAGAGCUUUGCUUGCUGGCUGUAAUCUCUCUGCUCAGGAUUGUGAAAUUGUGUCGUCAGUUCUUCAAUUCUCAAACUGUGUCCUGAGAGAGCUGGACCUGAGUAACAAUGACCUGCAGGAUUCAGGAGUGAAGCUGCUCUCUGAUGGACUGAAGAGUCCAAACUGUCACCUGGAGAUACUGAGAUUAGUGCUCUGUAAUCUCAUUGCUCAGGAUUGUGAAAUUGUGUCGUCAGUUCUUCAAUCCUCAAACUGUGUCCUGAGAGAGCUGGACCUGAGUAACAAUGACCUGCAGGAUUCAGGAGUGAAGCUGCUCUCUGAUGGACUGAAGAGUCCAAACGGUCAACUGGAGAUACUGAGAUUGGCCUUGUGUAAUCUCUCUGCUCAGGAUUGUGAAAUAGUGUCGUCAGUUCUUCAAUCCUCAAACUGUGUCCUGAGAGAGCUGGACCUGAGUAACAAUGACCUGCAGGAUUCAGGAGUGAAGCUGCUCUCUGAUGGACUGAAGAGUCCAAACUGUCACCUGGAGAUACUGAGGUUAUCUGGCUGUAUGGUGACAGAGGAAGGCUGUGGUUUUGUGUCUUCAGCUCUGAGUUUAAACCCCUCACACCUGAGAGAGCUGGAUCUGAGCUACAAUCACCCAGGACAAUCAGGAGUCCAGCUGCUCCAACACACACUGGAGGAUCCACACUACACACUGCAGAAACUCAAUGUGAAGCAUGGUGGAGAUAUAAGGAUAAGAGCAGGACUGCAAAAAUAUGCCAGUUUUCUCACACUGGAUUCAAACACAGCAAACGCUCAUCUGAUUCUGUCUGAGGAGAACAGGACGGUGACGCAUGUGAGUAAGGAACAGGCGUAUCCUGAUCAUCCAGACAGGUUUAAGGAUUAUCCUCAGGUUCUGUGUGGAGAGAGUCUGACCGGACGCUGUUACUGGGAGGCUGAAUGGAGCGGGAGGGAGGCUGAUAUAGCUGUUACAUACAAGGGAAUCAGCAGGAAAGGAAGAAGCAAUGAAUGUGUUUUUGGGUACAAUGAAAAUUCCUGGAGGCUGGAGUGCACCAAGAAGCAGUUCACUUUAUGGCACAAGUUCAAGAGCACAAUUUUACCAGCGUCUUCACCUCGCUGUAAUAGAGUAGGAGUGUAUGUGGACGAGUCGUCCGGCUCUCUGUCCUUCUACAGCGUCUCUGACACACACACACUUACACACUUACACACAUUCAACACCACAUUCACUGAUGCAGUCCAUGCUGGAUUCAGCCUUUUUGAUUCUUCACUGACUCUGUGUCAGAUUUAAUUAAACUACAUGCUAAUAUACAUUUGAAGAGAUAGUUUACAAAUAAUUAAAUAACUCGUCAUUUACUUUCCCUCAUUUGAACUUUUUUCCCUUUGGUUAAACACAAAAGUACCACAGAGAGUGGGAGGAAACAGAUACCUGGCUGCAGAGUGUUUGAAAUUGUAAUCAAGCCAACUGCAAGAUUUGUCAGAGAGCUUUCUCUGUGGCUCAUGCGGGUCUGUCGUGCGACAACAUGCCUUCGGAGAGCAGCAUUCCCUCAAUGACAGAGCUCGCAAAAAUCAAAGCACAGUCAGACAGCUCUUCGUACCCCAAGUCUCUCCCGAACCAGACAUGGUAAUGAUAGUGACCCAGUCUGUGAAAAUCUAGCUGGAGUCUUUUUUUUUUUUUUGUAAUUUACUGUUUUCUACAUAAAGAACAGUCGGUGAAAAAUAUAUGUAUUUAAUAUUAACUGAGUAAAACCAUGUCAACAACUGAAAUCACAGUGAAAUCAAUGGCUACAAUCAAAAUUUAUCUCAGAAUUAGAGUUGGCCUGGUUUUCACACACUGGGUCACAAAUUAAUUUGUAAAAAGUCUGUAAAUACUUUGUAAGUGGAUCACAUUCCAAUGUAAUAACAUGAUUUGUUUGUUAAGGUUAAAGCAUUACAUUUAAUACAUUAAUAAACACAAUGCCUAUGUAAAGAAAAUAAACUAGUAAAUUGCAACUUUCCAUAUUUUUACAUUAGAAAUAGGCUAUUUGAAAACUUUACAAGCUAAUGUUUGUAGCUAGUUUAUGUUUGUGCUGUUUCCAUGUUUGGAUAGGUUUUACUGGAAAUAUUGACAAAUGUUUUAGCCAAAAUCUGUUAUUGUAUACCUUUACAAUUAGGUUCAUUAGUAUGUUCUCUUCUCCUCUAGGUUACAGCAGCUGAGUUAACGCAGGUGUACCCCACUAUUAAACAUAACAUCAGCUAUAUCAGUGCUGCAGGGUUGUAAAAGAGAAAGACUGCAUCUGUUUACACAGAUUUCAAUAAAAGACAGUUUAUUUUAAUGUCCAA